UCUAGUUAUUUAUAUCUACGUCAUUGAGUGAUUAUUGACGUUGAAACAAGUUCAGUGAGUGUGUGAAUAUACAGCAGGCGUAAACAUGACGGAACCGUCGAAAAGCGACAUUUCUGCCAUUUUCAAGCGUUUGAGAUCCGUCCCGACGAAUAAGGUGUGUUUCGACUGUGCGUUGAAGAACCCGAGCUGGGCGAGCAUCACGUACGGUGUGUUUCUGUGUAUCGACUGCUCAGGGACACACCGCUCGCUCGGAGUUCACCUCUCCUUCAUCAGGUCGACUGAACUGGACUCAAACUGGUCGUGGUUUCAGUUGCGCUGCAUGCAAGUUGGUGGUAACGCUAGUGCCAGCACCUUUUUCAGUCAACACGGGUGUGACGCCAGCGCGGCCAACACCAAAUACAACAGCAGAGCGGCUGCGCUUUAUAGAGAGAAAGUCAAGAAUCUGGCAACACAGGCCACCAGACGGCAUGGCACUGAGUUGUGGUUGGACAGUCAAGCUCCUCUCUCUCCCACAUCACCGGUGGACAAACAGCAGGAUUUCUUCACUCAACACAUUCAGACCGGCCAGAGGGAACAAUCAUCUUUUCCUCUGAACGUCAAGCAGCAGCUGCAGGAUUCAAGAGUGGAGGACAAGAAUAAUAACGCUGACCCUUCAGAAGGACCGAGCAUCUCUCCGCACGCCGCUUCAGAGACCCUGACAGAGCCGUCAUCGCUUCUGAAGAAAAAGCCAAGCGCAGCCAAGAAAGCCGCGAGCUCGAGAAAAGCUGGUCUUGGCGCUCAGAAGGUCAGCGGUGAGAGUUUCUCAACACAGCAGAAGAGAGCUCAAGCUGAAGAGAAACUACAGGAACAAAUCCACUCCAACAAGAGUCAAGCAGAUGAUCUGACAGUUUCGUCUCUCGGUCUGGCGCGUGAGAGUCUGGAGGUCCAGAGGAAGAGAGAGCUGGAGAAACUCAAGUGUCUGGACGGGAAGAAGAAGGAGCAGGUGGAGCGUCUGGGCAUGGGCUUCGGCGGCCGCAGCGGGCUCUCUCACUCUGUGAUGGAGGACAUGAAGAUCAUUCAGCAGGAGUCUCCAGCUGCCAUCUCCUCCAGGAACAGAACAUACGAGAGAGACGAUGAGGAUGAAGAAGACCAACGCUUCUCCUCCAGGUUUGUGGAUGAUGCUCCUGGCUCGUCCGAUCUGUUCUUCUCUCAGUGGGCUGGAGGCAAAAAGCAAACGAAACCAGAGUCUGACUUCUAUCUGGACACCAAGAGACCCUCAGCGGACCAGAGGGCCUCAGCCAGGAAGAAAGCCGAAGCGCAGUCGGCCUCUGAUGAUGCUCAGAGGAAGUUUGGAGACGUCAAGGCGAUUUCUUCAGACAUGUACUUCGGCAAGCAGGAUCACACCGAGUAUGAAGUUCGUGCUCGACUGGAGAAUCUCUCGGGCAAUUCUUCCAUCAGCUCAGCGGAUCUGUUUGAUGAACAGAAGAAAGCUUCAGGCCCGAGCGGCUCGUACAAGCUGAGUAACGUUCUGCACACCGUGCCCGACAUGACUCAGUUUAAGAGCGGCGUUCGCUCGGUGGCGGGAAAACUUUCCGGCAUGGCCAGUGACGUGAUGUCCAACAUACAGGACCGCUACAAUACAUGAAGUCUCGCCGGACGGCACAGAGAUGGACCUCACGGACACUGAAGAGCGAUGACUGUAGCUCCAUAAGUGCAUUAUAAUCUUUGUGAAGCAGCUGGUAUUAUCUGCCACAUCAUCAUUCAACUCCUCGCUUUUUCUUUUUAAUUGAUUGCUUCGGCAUUUUGCCACUUUUAGUCAGUUUGGGGAUUUAGGUCACUUUAUUUUCUACUGUGUAUAUUGGAAUAUAUAUAGGAAUAUUUUACUUUGGCAAUAUUCGGUGUGGUUGUUCUGCAUUUUUUCAUACUUGUGUACUGGUUCACCAUACGAAGAACACGUUCAUUAAGUCAUUUUUCUUGAGGACCAAAACAUCUCUUUGUUUCGAAGAGAAAUGUUUACACUGGUGUAUUGUUUUUCUCUUCUCAAAGUGCACUAUUUCACCUACAGCAUCAAGACUCAAUAAUGUUAUGAAGACAGUUUAUUAAGUGAAAUAGUGAUAAAAACAGCACGUUGAGCAGCUCAUUCCAAUAGUCGAAUGAAGAAAGAAAAUAAUAUUUUCGUUGCCUGAUCGGAGUUAUUUAACGCUUGUCCAAUUAAAGAGCUUUACAAAUGUUUAUAAGUGGCCUUUAAACCUUUCCAUAAAUCUUACGAAGAAUAAAAGGUCAAAAUCUAAUUUACUCCAUGUUUGAUUUUUCCUAUUCUUGUAUGUCCAUGGAUUAAUUGAAUCCAUAAUUAGAUCAAUAAAUGCUUGCUAAACUUGUUUUCUUUCAUUGUGGACAGAUGGGCUGUCGAUGACAUUUACUGGUUACUGCAGUAAAAAAAUAUUGUGUUACGUAUGAAUUAAACACUUUA